CAUCUCGCUCACUCCCCUGUUGGUCAGGAAGAGCGAAUUUUGGUACAGGCCCGCCUCGGUCUCACAAUCCUCGGCUGGUCCGGACUGCCUUUUUUUGUUCUUGUUUCAAUUUGGCGAGCGGAAAAGAGGACAUUGAAAAAGGACAAAGAGCGAGCAGAGAAGAGCGAAGAGAACAAAAGACCGCGCAUUCGCCGUGGCCGACCGAAGGAGCCAGCCUGACGCCCAUCCGGUUUGAGUUUGCCAUAUCAGCUUAUCGCAUUCGGCUGGCGGCACAGGCACCACACAGCCCAUCCAUCAGCUGCCCUUCCCCCAUUUGCCAUCGCCCAACCGCCACCCCGGUCUAGGAUUCCUGAAGCGGGGGAGCCCGAGAAAAGACACAGCCUCACAGUGAAGCGCGGCGCUGCACUCUGUAGUCGUCGUUGUCGUCGCAGCCACCGAACCGCUCCCCCAUCUGCGAUUUGGAGCCACGUCCAUCCCUCCUCGUCGUCCACAUCCCCACCAGAACAAAGGUCGCUUCCUGCGACGGAGCCAACUCGAUUUGCUCUCGCGAGCUACCGUCGGACUGCCGAGCUGCAGCUUCCCUAGAAAACCACUCGGCUGGAGUGCCGACACCAACCACCACCCCGACUUUGUGGCAGCCCUGUCUCUCAUUGCUUUGCUCGUCUGCCGCCCGCCGUCGCCGAGAUGAGCGGCUCUCGCCCAAACGCGGGCCUUCCGGCCCAACCGAAUCUACGAGUAACAAUCAUUGCCGCCGAUGGGCUCUAUAAGCGAGAUGUCUUCCGAUUCCCCGACCCCUUCGCCGUCGCCACGAUCAACAGCGAACAGACCAAAACAACCUCGGUUUCGAAGCGAACCCUCAAUCCCUACUGGAACGAGAGCUUCGACUUCCGUGUAACCGAGGACAGCAUACUGGCUGUCCAAGUCUUUGACCAGAAGAAGUUCAAGAAGAAGGACCAGGGCUUUCUGGGCGUAAUCAAUAUCCGGAUUGGCGACAUUAUCGAACUUGCGGCUGAUGCCGACGACCAGAUGCUCACCCGGGACUUGAAAAAGUCAACCGACAACCUUGUGGUGCACGGCAAGCUUAUAGUAAACUUGUCGACCAACCUGUCCACCCCGGCCCGCGGGCAGCAACAGCAGCUGUCCGUGCCCCACCGCCCAGGCGCCGCCACUCCCCAGGGCUCAUCCACCUCGCUCGGCCCCGAAAGGCUCCCCGACAACCGCCCGACAUCGGCCAUGUCGGGGCAAAACCCGAACCAAGGCUUCCCGCAGCCAGCACGUCCAGCCAGCAUGAUGGCCGCUCCUGCCGCACCACAGAAUGGCGCCCCCCAGCAGAAUCGCCACAGCAGUGCUAUGAGCCCGUUCGAGGAUGCACAGGGUCGUCUCCCGGCCGGCUGGGAGCGGCGCGAGGACAACCUAGGCAGGACCUACUACGUGGAUCACAACACUCGCACGACCAGCUGGAACCGUCCCACGGCGGCAGGCGGCACGACGGAGACGCGCAAUGCCCAGGAGGCGGCUACCCAGGUUGAGCGCCAGCGCCACCAGAACCGAACCCUGCCAGAGGACCGGACCGGUGCCAACUCUCCCAGUCUCCAGCAGCAGCAGGCUGUCGCGGCAGCCCAGGCGGCAAGCUCGCAGACCAUGAUGCACACGGGCGCCACCAGCCCUGGAACUGGCGAGCUUCCCCCCGGCUGGGAGCAGCGCUUCACUCCUGAGGGCCGUUCGUACUUUGUCGACCACAACACCCGCACCACAACUUGGGUCGAUCCCCGCAGGCAGCAGUACAUCCGCAUGUACGGUGGGCAGAACAAUGCGAACGGCACGAUCCAGCAACAGCCGGUUUCGCAGCUCGGCCCCCUGCCUAGCGGCUGGGAGAUGCGGCUCACAAACACGGCCAGGGUCUACUUUGUCGAUCACAACACCAAGACCACCACUUGGGACGACCCCAGGUUACCGUCCUCACUAGACCAGAACGUGCCGCAGUAUAAGCGCGACUUUAGGAGGAAGCUCAUCUACUUCCGCUCCCAGCCCGCGAUGCGCAUCUUGUCGGGCCAGUGUCACAUCAAGGUGCGCCGAUCGCACAUCUUCGAAGACUCGUUUGCCGAGAUCUCGCGCCAGUCGGCCACGGACCUCAAGAAGAGGCUCAUGAUCAAGUUCGACGGCGAGGACGGCCUCGAUUACGGAGGUCUUUCUCGAGAAUUCUUCUUCCUGCUAUCGCACGAGAUGUUCAACCCAUUCUACUGUCUAUUCGAGUACUCGGCGCACGACAACUACACGCUGCAGAUCAAUCCCCACUCGGGUAUCAACCCCGAACAUCUGAACUACUUCAAGUUCAUUGGUCGUGUUGUUGGACUGGCCAUCUUCCACCGCCGCUUCUUGGACGCCUUCUUCAUCGGGGCUCUGUACAAGAUGGUGCUUGGCAAGGCGGUGGCCCUGCCCGACAUGGAGGGUGUGGAUGCCGAUUUCCACCGCUCUCUCCAGUGGAUGAUCGACAAUGACAUCUCGGGUGGUAUCCUCGAGCAAACAUUUUCCACUGAAGACGAGCGGUUUGGUGUUAUCACGGUGGAAGACCUGAUCCCGAACGGGCGCGACAUUGACGUGACCAACGAGAACAAGAAGGAAUACGUGGACCUGAUGGUGAAGUGGCGCAUCGAGAAGCGCAUUGCAGAGCAGUUCGAGGCCUUCAAGGUUGGAUUUCACGAACUGAUCCCGAUCGACCUGAUUAACGUCUUCGAUGAGCGCGAGCUCGAACUGCUCAUCGGUGGCAUUGCAGAGAUCGACGUGGACGACUGGAAGAAGCACACGGACUACAGGGGCUACACCGAGUCGGACGAGGUUAUCCAGUUCUUUUGGCAGACUGUCCGGUCCUGGGAUGGCGAGCAGAAGUCACGGCUCCUUCAGUUCACAACGGGAACCUCGCGUAUCCCCGUCAACGGAUUCAAGGACCUCCAGGGUAGCGAUGGGCCGAGGAGGUUCACGAUCGAGAAGGCCGGGGAGAUCAACAACUUGCCCAAGGCACACACCUGCUUUAACCGCCUUGACUUGCCGCCAUACAAGUCGCUCGAGGUCCUGCAGCAGAAGAUGACUAUUGCCGUUGAAGAAACCAUGGGUUUCGGCCAGGAGUAGUCAGCUCCCUGCUGCAUGGUCAGACCUUCUUCGUCGGGGGCGCCACAUCAUUUUCCUUCUUGUUCUAUUUCCUUCCCUGGUGCUGCCCGUGUUGAGAGCCGUCACGGUUGCCCUCACCUGUACAGUGUCGACAUGCAGGACUGGACGAGCCGGCGAGGAGACACGCGAAUCCUUUCGAAAAUGGAUCAAUAUCUCGCUAGCUAUUCUGUUGGUUCAGCGUCGACCCCGAGCACGUUUAACCGCUGGAUACGCCGCGAACAAUCACCUGCAACCCGCCCGGUUUUCCCCGGCCCGACCCUUGUGCCUGACACCCUCCGGCCCAACCAAGUCGAGAAAUACGUACGCGCCCUCUCAUGAGAAAGCACGGUAUAUACCUACAUAUUGGGACUCAGCGUCCACCAUCGGCAACGGCUUUAUAUGCACAGUUUGGUGGAGGUGGCAUCGCGUUUCCGCUUGGAGAUGAGAAGGAAAUUGUUGGUGGACUGUUAGAAUCUGGCGUGGAGGAGUUUUGGUGUUAUCAUCGUUCCCCGCUUUUCACUCUCGCUUGCUUCCAUUUUGAUCUACUCUUCGCACACUACUAAUUGUAGCUUUAGCCAAGGACCAAUCGACUAUCUUAGCUUAUAGGAGCACAAUCAAGCGCCAGCAUUUUGUUUGCCAGACCAGA